CUAUAUAAUCUCUCCAAAUUCCAAAUCAACAAAGGAUGCCAGAGGAAACUCCUUUUGUUAAAUACUGCUGUUUGGUUUUUUUUUUAAUUUUUUCGGUCACACAAAAUUAACUCGUGCGAAUCAGAGCAGCUCAUUCCGCAUGGCAUGAUCCUGAUUCCCAAGUCCUAACCAAACAACACACAGUUCAGUCAGUCAAACCUUCCUCCUCACACGGUUCCCAUUUCUUCUCCUUUCCUUCCUGUUAACUUGAUAUUUAAGUAGCUAAUAGGAGAUUGAUGGUUUGAGAUUCAAUGAGCAGCAUGGACACUGCGGGUAGUAAGAGUAACGUGAUGAUGGAGAUUGAGGCAAGCAAGCCUGAGGGGAAUGGGAAUGGGAUUGUGGUGGGGGGCUUGAGCCCUCUAAGCGAGACUUUAUGGAGGGGGAAGACCAACACAGAGUUUGUGGGAGAUGUCUCUGCCAGGCUUACCUGGAAGGAUCUUACUGUGAUGGUAACUCUCAGCAAUGGAGAGACCCAGAAGGUUUUGGAAGGACUUACUGGGUAUGCCGAGCCUGGGACCCUCACAGCCCUUAUGGGUCCUUCUGGUUCUGGAAAAUCUACCCUUCUUGAUGCUCUCUCUAGCCGCCUCGCCGCCAACGCUUUCCUCUCCGGAACCAUUCUUCUCAAUGGUCGUAAGACCAAGCUCUCUUUUGGAACUGCUGCUUAUGUGACUCAAGAUGACAACUUGAUCGGAACUCUGACGGUACGGGAAACGAUUUCAUAUUCUGCUAGACUGCGUCUCCCCGAUAAGAUGUCUUGGUCUGAGAAGCGGGCCUUGGUGGAGAGCACCAUCAUCGAGAUGGGUCUCCAAGAUUGCGCAGAUACCGUUAUUGGAAACUGGCAUUUGCGUGGUAUCAGUGGAGGAGAAAAGAGGAGAGUCAGCAUAGCUCUUGAAAUUUUGAUUAGGCCUAGAUUGCUCUUUCUUGACGAGCCCACCAGUGGCCUUGACAGUGCUUCAGCCUUUUUUGUGACCGAGACACUGCGAGGCCUAGCCAGAGAUGGGAGGACUGUCAUAGCUUCAAUUCAUCAGCCUAGCAGUGAAGUUUUUGAGCUCUUUGAUAGGCUAUACUUGCUUUCAGGGGGCAAAACUGUUUAUUUUGGCCAAGCAGCAGAGGCAUAUGAGUUCUUUGCACAAGCCGGGUUUCCCUGUCCUGCUUUGAGGAACCCUUCUGAUCAUUUUCUUAGAUGCAUCAAUUCUGACUUCGACAAAGUGAAGGCUACUCUCAAAGGGUCCAUGAAACUCAGGUUUGAGGCAACUGAGGAUCCUCUGGAGAAAAUGACGACAGCUGAAGCCAUACGAACACUUAUUGACUUUUAUCGGACCUCGCAGUACUGUUAUUCAGCAAGAGAAAAGGUUGAUAUCUCCGGAGUUAAAGGAACUGUACUAGAUUCAGGAGGCAGUCAGGCUAGUUUCUUAAUGCAGGCUUUCACUCUGACCAAACGUUCAUUCAUCAACAUGUCGAGGGACUUUGGCUAUUAUUGGCUGAGGCUUGUAAUUUAUGUUGUAGUCACUAUUUGUAUUGGUACCAUCUAUCUGAAUGUUGGGACUGGCUACAACGCAAUUCUGGCAAGAGGAUCCUGUGCUUCUUUCGUCUUUGGUUUUGUCACUUUCAUGUCAAUUGGCGGCUUUCCAUCCUUUGUAGAGGAUAUGAAGGUCUUCCAAAGAGAGAGGCUGAAUGGUCACUAUGGUGUGACUGCAUUUGUGAUUAGCAACACACUCUCUGCAAUGCCAUUUCUGAUAAUGAUCACCUUCAUUGCUGGAACUAUUUGCUAUUUCAUGGUUGGCCUUCACCCUGGUUUCGAGCAUUAUCUGUUCUUUGUGUUGUGCCUUUACGCAAGCAUCACUGUGGUCGAGAGUCUGAUGAUGGCCAUAGCCAGUAUAGUGCCAAAUUUCUUAAUGGGGAUCAUCAUAGGAGCCGGAAUUCAGGGUAUUUUCAUGCUCGUCUCUGGAUACUUUAGGCUUCCAAAUGACAUACCAAAGCCAGUCUGGCGUUACCCAAUGUCAUACAUCAGUUUUCACUUCUGGGCCUUGCAGGGGCAAUACCAGAAUGACUUGAAGGGCUUGCUGUUUGACAACCAGUCACCGGAUCUGCCGAAGAUCCCCGGCGAGUACAUUCUGGAGAAGGUGUUCCAAAUUGAUGUGAACCGAUCAAAAUGGGUGGAUCUCAGUGUUAUCUUCAGCAUGAUUGUCAUCUAUCGCAUCCUCUUCUUCAUCAUGAUCAAGAUCAGUGAAGAUGUGACUCCAUGGAUCAGAGGUUACAUAGCAAGAAGAAUAAUACAGCAAAAGAAUGGAACAAAUAAUUUAACUGUUGCUCCUGAUGGCCUAACUCAAUCCCCUUCUUUGAAAACAUAUGCUGCUCAACAGACAACCGAAACCAGCAACAGGUAGAGAGAUGGUUUUGCAAAUUUAAUUUAAUCUGUUUCGCACUCAAAUUAUAUGCUUUCAUGCUUUCAAUUUAGUUAUAUGGAUGUGCUCUGACAUAAAUAUGUACCACAAAUAGACGCAUACUUGAUAGAGAUUCAUUCGAAGUAUGUAAGACAUUAUAGUAUGUAGACUUUCAUAUUGAGUUUUAUCACUUAUGUUGGGCCAUGUGAUGAGAUGGUCCAGGUCUAUUAUCAUCAUUGUAGUAGUUAUCUUUGUGAAAGGGAAAUUGCAGAAUUGGAGUUAA